AUGAAGGGAGUUCUUGUUUUAUUCCUGGGGUGGAUCUCCAUCAGCCAAAGUGCCAAUAUUUUGGGAAUUUUCACAUGUCCCAUGCCAUCACACUUAAUAGUGCAUAUGUCGGUGGCAAAGAUUUUGGCUGAAAAUGGACAUAAUGUGACAGUUUUGACAACUUUGGAGCCAACUAUUAAGCAUAAAAACAUUAAUGUGAUACAAAUUCCUUUGCCAGAAGAGGAUGGGAAACAACUGAAGCAUAUUUUUGGCAAUAUGGGCAAGACCGAUAACGGUAGCGUUUUGGGAAUAUUUCUACGAGGAUUCAAAUACAUUGCGUUCGCGAUAGCAAAAAUGUUUGAUGCUCUCAAGGAUCCGCGAGUUAAGGACUUGUAUGAGAAUAAGGGAAACAAAUUCGAUUUAAUAUUAUCUGGUAUGCUAAUCAAUAACUAUCAAAUGGGUUUGGUCCAUAAAUUAAAAGCCCCAGUGAUUGGAAUUUUGCCUGUACAACCGUUCGAGUUUCUUGGUGUCGCAGUGGGCAAUCCCCGAGAGUUGUCUUAUGUUCCCGCCAUGAAUGUAGGAGUAGAAAAAGGUGAGAUUAUGACAUUUUCACAACGGAUCAAGACUCUUGCCAUGAGCGUGGGGCAUACUAUUUGGAAUGGCUUGGAAAAUAUUGAAAAUAAAAAACGUUAUAAAUAUCUUUAUGGUGAUGAUCCUACAAUGCCUCGCUUUGAAGAUUUAAAUAAAAAUAUUUCGUUGAUAUUCUUCAACUCUCAUGCUCUCAGUGAAGGACCAAUUAGACCCAAUCUGCCAGGAGUAAUUGAAAUUGGAGGCAUACAAAUCAAAGACACUCCGGAUCCCUUACCAAAAAAUAUAGCUGAAUUUCUAGAUAAUGCCAAGGAAGGGGCUAUCCUCUUGAGUUUAGGAUCCAACAUUCAAUCUGAUCAUUUAAAAUCAGAUGUCGUACAAAAAAUGUUCAGUGUUCUAUCAAAACUUAAAUUGAAAGUCAUCUGGAAGUGGGAUAAAUUGGAGCACAUACCUGGAAAUUCCUCGAAUAUAUUGUAUUCCAAAUGGUUACCCCAAGAUGAUAUAUUGGCCCAUCCGAAUAUCAAAUUAUUCAUCACUCAUGCGGGCAGGGGAGGCAUCUCUGAGGCUUCUUAUCAUGGCAAACCAAUGUUGGCUUUACCCAUGUUUGGUGAUCAACAGGGAAAUGCUGGCUCAAUGGUCAAACAAGGAUUUGGAUUAAGCCUCAAAUUGUUGGAGUUGAAAGAGAAGACAUUUCAAAAUACUAUCAAUGAGAUUUUGCAGAAUUCUCAAUACAAAGAAAAUGUGGAAAACUUCUCAAAACUUUAUAGAGAUCGUCCGCUAACUGCUCGACAAAGUGUGAUCUAUUGGACUGAGUAUGUCAUGAGAUAUCAUGGUGCGAAGCAUUUACAAAGUCCUUUGAUGCACAUGGACUUUAUAGCUGCCAAUAAUUUGGAUGUUUAUGGAUUACUGGGGAUUCUGGUAGCUUUUGUUUUAUAUCUCAAGUACUAUCUCAUUAAAUUUAUUUUCAGAAAAAUUACAAAAAUUGCAAAAGUCAAGAAAAAUUAA